CAACUUCCUGUGUCUUGACGUUGGAACUUCCUGUUUCAUACUUUCGUUUUGAAAAUUGCUUAUGAUGUCAUACUACAGGAACGACACGUAUUUACUACUCUGAGAUAUACGUUAUUUGGUGAAUGGCACAUUUUCUGAAGGUAUUUGGAUAUUGACACAUUAUACUGGAACACGUCACCUGAAACAGGCAGCUCCGACAGACGUUUGGACAGCAGUUAAUUAAACUCCUGUGAUAAGUAUAACAGGAGCAGGAAAACGCCAGCACUGGAUUCAAAUCAAAGAUUCUCCAGACCUCUACAGGAACGCUCAUCCAAUUGAGCUACCUGUUUGCUGAUGAUUGACCCCAUCAAGUUCCGCUUCAUUUCUCUCCUCUUUUUCAAAGUCAUCGCCCCUGAAAACAACUAUUUACAAUCCAGGUUCAGAUAUCCCCUUGUCAAGCACUCACCUAGUACUUGAAACAAAGUGUCUGGAACAAGACUUUUUUUAAAUAACUGUUGACUCCAAUCUGGUAUGGCCAGUUAUAUGCGAAAAACCAACCUAAUAGAGGGCAUUGGCGAUGAAUUGAUAGUUGCUCUUGCUGCCUUUCUCGGAAUACUCAUACCCAUGGUUAUAUUCGUAUCAAGGAGAAGAAACAAUUCAGAGCAGUAUGUUACCCAUCCGGACAAUGAAGAUAAUGUGAGAUCUGCUCGAGAAAGAAUCCACGGAAAUCAGAACGGAGCAGGGCCGUCAGUGGGUGAUGAGAAUCGGUCAAAUGCAUACCGAGCCAGAGAAGCCCACAGUCAUGGGCAAACAAACCUCAGCUGUCCAAUCUGCCUUGGUGAAAUGGAAUACGGUGUGGAUACCAAUUGUGGACAUUAUUUCUGUGGUAACUGCAUCAUAGCCUACUGGCAGCAUGGAAGUUGGCUUGGAGCUGUGGCGUGUCCUGUUUGUCGACAGCAAGUAACACUUCUCUUAGUGGCGUUUUCUCCAGAGGAGAUGAAUAACAAUAGCGAAGAAAAAGCCAAUAUAAUGCGUGAAAUCAACAGCUACAAUCGGCGCUUUUCGGGCCAACCCAGAUCGAUUGGCGAACACCUACGGGACCUGCCGACAUUGAUGAGACAUUUCGUAGGGGAAUUUUUUACCGUUGGCGGACUAAUAUGGAUGUUUCGGCUCCGAGUUAUUGUGUGUUUUCUGGCGGCCCUGCUGUACUUCAUAUCUCCGUUAGACAUCAUACCAGAGGCCAUGUUUGGAUUGUUCGGCUUCUUGGACGACUUGUUUAUCUUACUUUUACUGGCAAUAUAUAUUAGCAUAAUCUACAGGCAAGUCGUUCAGAACCGAGCUGGUGCCCACUGAUAGGCAGAAGUCCCGAAGUAUCUCCUAAAGUGCCCUCAUUUGAGACCUGUUAUCACUAAAGCUGAAAAUUUGUACAAAUAACAAUUGAAUAUUCGGAUUGUAUACACCUCUGCCUGAAGUGGUUGAAUCAACUGAAAUGCAGUUCUACAUACUUAUCAAUGCAUCUGAAUGUUAUUUAAUUUGUUUUGUGCAUCCUUAUGGAAUCUAUACGAGUUAAUAAUGUAUUAUUACAUGACAUGACAGUUAAAUAGUGUACCUAAUUUAUAUAAGUAUAAACAAUGUGGUAAUAAUAUUUAUUACAAAUCUUAUUUACAUUAACUCCUUUGUUUUAUUCCUUUUAGAUAUAACAAAUUUUUCCGUUGAUAUUAGGACUAUUUUUUUCCUGUAAGUAUAGUCGUUGUGUGUUGUAUGAAGUUUUACUAAAACAUGUCCAUUGUGCAAACCUAGAAUACUGAUAUCUGCUUGAAGACAAAAAUUUUGCUAAUAUCUGGGCCAACAAGAGUGAUUUAUAUAAGUUGAAAUAGCUUGUUUCAUAGUUGUUGUAAAAUAAAUAAAGUUUAUAUUUAAUAGUACUGUCUGUGGUAAAUGUCAAACUUAGUAAAAAAAACUAAACGUCUAAAAAAAACACCAGUUAUGGCCCUUCAUUCUCAAUAUGCAAGUAUUUUAUAUGGGGUUUUACCUGAAAUUGACUGAUAUUUUUAUGCCUUUACCUCAUGGGAUUACAAAUUGUUGUGUACUAAAGUCAGAUCAGUGCCCAAAAUAUGUAGCGAUUUAAGACCUUUAUUCAUUUUUGUCAUUUUGAUAUAAGCGUUUGAGAUGGGGAACUAUGAAUUGCUUGCAAUAUUUUGUCAUAUUUUUCUAUUUGAUUGUAGUUUUAUAUGGCUUUAUAAAUCUGCUAUGCAAAAGUGACAGUACACAAUGAAGGGAUGAGUAUUUUAGCCUAUGUUUUGAUCUAGAGAUAGAUUGAUGGUACACGAUUUAUGGAUUGAGUGAGGAAUUCUUUUCAGCUCAUGGAAAUAAAAAGUUGACCCAAG